AUGGCGCCACCAAAACGUGGUGGAGGGGCUCCUCGUGGUCGAAAGAGAUAUUUCGACAAAAAUGCGCCACGAAAUGAGAAACCGUACGCCGGGAAAGGCAGGGCUGUAGAGGACAGAGGGCCGGACAGAAGACUCGGUCGCCUGGACCCACAGACGCUGAGUUAUUACCGUAGAGUGGAGCAACAGUUGAAGGAUGGGUUCGAGGAAGAAGAGGAAAAGUGUCUGUUCCUCAACAAUGUCUUCACGCAGGUGGAAGAAGAGAUCCACGUACUGGCCUGUAACCAGACAGUCAGCAGGAUCCUGGAGAACCUCCUGCACCAGGCAUCAACAUUCCACCUCAUCAGCAUCAUCACACAGCUAAAAGAAAACAACUUCACGUCGCUGUGUACGGACAGGUUUGCUGGUUACGUCCUCCAGACCAUCGUGUGCCUCAUCCCCCGUCAUCUCAGUGUAACAUCGAGAAAAGACGUUACCGCUCAAAAAAAGACGACAGAGAAGGAAGAAGAGGACUCCCUGCGUGACUUGUUCCUUGCAGUUUGCCAGGAGAUGGUGGAGGGUGUCGGGCGGCUUGUAAGGGACCACUACGGAAGUCACGUGUUGCGAGCCGUGUUUGAGACCCUGAGUGGGGUGAAGCUUGAACAGAAGAUGGUUCGCAGUCGGCUGUCCCUCGGACAACAGAACAGAGUCACUCCUGGAAAAGAUGGCAAAGCAUCCUCCACAGUCACAGUCAAACCACCGCCUCCCAGUUUCCUACAGAUGCUGCAGCAGCUCACCAAAGCUAUUUUGAACAUUGAUGACUUCUCAGUUUUGGUGUCCCAUGUAGCAGCCAGCCCAGUGCUGCAGGCUCUCCUGACUGUUUUGCACAAGGUAGACCAGGGGCUGUGUACACAAGUCUGUCAACAGGUCAUGGAGUCUGAGGUGUUCACUAGAACAUGUGCAGAGAGUGAACUCAGUGGGGUGUGCCUUGCCCUGGUACACCAGCAUGCCAGCUACAUAGUAAAGACCCUGCUGACCGUGGCAGACGACGCCACCUAUCAGAAUCUUUUCCAACUGCACUUCCUGUGGCGGCUGCUGCAGCUCAGUCUGCAUCCUGUGGCAACAUUUGGUCUGCAGCAACUCCUGUCCACACUUCGCACUGAGGACCAGUUGGCAGAUGUUUUGGACGAGCUAUUGGCCCAUUGUGAGGACCUCCUGGCCCAUGGGAAGGCUAUGGUGCUGAUCAACCUUGCUGAUGCCUGUGUCAGACACCAGAUGCAGGAUGGGCAGAGAAAGUUUGUCAAGAAACUACUAAAGGCAUUUCACAUUCCAAAGACAGACAGGCUAAAGUGUGCCCAGGUUGUGGCCUCUUUACAGUCUUAUGAGCAGUUCUCAGGUGUUCCAAAGGAUAAGAGUGAGGAACAACAGAAGACUACAAAGGUUCUGACUACAGUAACUCUCCAUGGAUCCCUCCUACUCCAACACUUGCUGAGGUUUGAUGACCCCUCGGAUGUAGCAGACAGUAUCCAGGCCAUGUCCUCACAUGAGCUCCAGACUCUGGCAUGUAACUCAUUUGGCAGCCGGGUCAUAGAGACCUUCCUCACCAGUCCAACUAUCUCUGAAAAGAGAAUAAAGCCUCUACUGCAGAAGAUGAUGGACCUGUACGUGGUGCUGUCGUGUGACAAGUUUGGCAGCAGGGUCAUGGAUGUGGUGUGGAAAGUCGCUCCUGUCGGUGUGAAGGCUUCCAUCGCUGAGAAGCUUGUUGAGAAGGAGGACAGAUUGAGGAGUGACCAGUAUGGCAGGUUUGUGUGGCAGAACUGUGCCAUUGACCACUUCAUGAGGCUGAAGGACAGGUGGAUGGACGUCCAGGCUGCCCAGGAGAGGAAGAGAAGGCUCUUCCAGGACAUCUUGGCUGAAGAUCCUCCUCCCAAAAAACCAAAGCAGGAAGUAAAAGAGACAGUUCCUGCAGACCACCUGGCACCAGAGCUGGCCAUCCUGGGGGUGGGAGUAGAGCAGGAGGAAGAGAAUGAUUUUGGUAGUGACAGUGAGGAGUCAUCCGAUAGUGUCACAUGUGUCAGCCUCUGCAGUAAGGAUACACCCAACCUUAAAAAAACAAAGAAAAAAGGCAAACAAAAGUUCAAAGUCAGUGACUUUACAGAUGGAGAAAGAACUGAACAAAAACCCAAAAAGAAGACAAAGAAGAACACUGACAGAGAUGGAGACAAACACGUUAAACUGAAGAUCAAACAAACUGCAGUUUUUGACUCUCCUACAAGUAGUGGGGAGAAAACCAAGAAGAAGAAGAAGCUGAAAGAGAAAAAGAAACACAAGAAGCUCCCAAAUGCUCAUCCGAAAAAGAAGCAUUGA